AACACCGAUCCAAAGACUUCACAGGCACCACAAAAUAGCAAAAGUAAAACUCCAUCGAGCACGGCAUAUGGUCACACACCGGGCGUUUUGGGCCUGCAUGGCUGGCACUCACCGCAAGCUCACAUGUUCGUUUCGUCGCCGGCUUCUGUGGGCAGCAUCUCAACCAUCACUCACCCAGCACGUGCCAACACAUCACCGCCGAACGCCUCCGGUCAGAACAGGCCUACUGUCGGCUCUCCUGAAGUACGUCUUUCGAACAGAACGUCAGGCUCUCCUCUGAAAGUCCGCAAAACACGUGAAAAUCUACGGACUGGAUUCAUCGAUGAUGCUGCCUCCACAAGCGGACAUUCUGUCCAUGAUCUUGCCCAAAACAAAUACUCCUGUGCCCAGCCGCUUCGCGAGAUCCAGAACACUGUACACGAUGAGACUUCCAGGCCUUCAUCAAGAAACAAUCGCUUCAGUUGGGAGUCUGAUACUCUCCACCUCACAACGGUCAUUGAGCGCUCUCCUGCCAAGCCUACCUCAUCUCAAACCGAGAAGACCGAGUCGAAAUCUGCUCCUUCAUUGUCUCGCAAGCUUUCUGUGCGCAAGAGGGUGGUGUCAAGAGUUCGAGAAGGCCUGCUGAGCCGUUCCAAAAGUUCUUCAAAAGUGCCAGUGAGAGUUGACGAUGAUAUCGCCAUCAGUCGAUCUGCCUCAGAGCAUGGAAGAUUCAUAGAAAUCACGCCCAAAGAACUUUCUCAAGAUAUGGAAGAAAGAACAAUUGCUUCGCAUAAUCUUGCUUCUGGCUCAGUGCAGAGCUCUGUCUCAACGGUUUCGCUUUUGGGAGAUACCAGCCUGACAAUAGAAAUCUCACCUUCCCCUGAGGUUGCUAUCAAAAGCAUUCUGCCUGGAAGCGACGGCAGUUUCCCAAGCCCAUCUCAAGCACCAAAGCCAAGUCCUUCACCGUCACCAGAAAAGACCCCUCGUCCAAGGAGAUUCGCACGAUCGUCUCAGACUCACUUUGGAACCAAUACAAAACCUCCCUCAAUGCUCCACGUCAAUCUUUCUGUCAAGCCUGCAUGGGAAACCUUGGACGUGGCCGACGACGCGACCAUGUGGGCUAUGAUUAAGGCUGAAGCAGGCCUCGUCAGCGAUCCCUCACCCACAGGAGGCAUAGGCAAUGGCAAUAUCCAUCGCUCGGCAUCCCAGAAGCCUCUCAAUAUCAUCGUUAUAGUUGACAACUCAUCAUUUGCUUCCCCGUUGGCUCUGCAGAGUAUAUCCGAAUUUACCCGGUGCGUUUGCAGUCUACUACAGGAUCACCGUGAUCGUCUCGCAGUGUUCUGUACCUCUUGCUCUCACGAAAAAUGCUCGGAUGCUAGGUCAGGCUGUCAGCUACAUGCUCUGCAAAAGCCGGAUGCAUCGUCACUGUCAAGCCAGGUGGCAAAGCUAGAGUCUAGCAAGGCAACGCCACAUUCCUCGGCCGCAAGGUUGUAUGACUUGGUUCAGGAUGUCCUAGCGUCAGUAGCCGAUGUAGAAGAGGGUUUGGACAUCACACUCACACAUGCAAUUGUGUUGUCCCCGCUUCCGCACAGAUGUGCAUCAAUCCUUCGCGAAUCCGUGUCGUGGCCAGUCCAUCAAGUCCAGAUCGGCUACGCCUACGAACCGCCAUCUCCUCGCGAGCAAGUUACGACAGGUGGCUGGUGCUUCGAAUGGGAACCAGCUCACGACACCAUUCUGCAAGCUCUUAUCCAAUCAGCGCGUGAACUAUCACAUCUGCAAGAGCUUUCACACGUCAAAGUGUCUGUCAAUUCGACCGAGCCGUGUCGCGUGGAAAAGCUCCUUACGCCUCACCGGAAAGCGACACUACAUCCAGGUCAAUGUACAACUUUGUUCGCGAAGGUGCUCAUCCCUUCGGUCAAUCAUCGGCGAAGUGCAGACCCAGCCUCGGUUGAGGGCCUCCUGAGUGAGCUUCACCAGACGCUCGGCAUAGGCAGAAGUGAACUUUUCAAGGCGGAAGUGCGAUACCGACACUCUCUUCUUCCUCGGGACACAGAAUUGCGAAUUGAGCAGACAUGUGAGUUGAUCCGCACGAACAGAAACAGCCAAUGGGGUGCGAUCCAUGAAGAGGAAGACGAGCAUGGCGUGGAUAUCGAGAUAGAGAAGGCCAGAUUUGCUGCAAGAAACUAUCCCCCGGACGUUGCAAUCAGGAUCUUGCAAAAGAAAUUUGGCAAGUUCUGGUCCGGCAAUGACGGGCCACCAGUCUUGCAUCGUUUGCGUGGAGAACUUGAGUUUCAAAAGAAAGUUUGCACGGAGAUGCCCAAGGGCGUAGUACAGUCGUCUACAGCAGCCACACAACAUCAAGAUGCGAAGAGCACGCGCCGAACCACGUUACAUCUUGCCGAUACUGAGGCUCUGCAGGUCUUCAACACAGCCCCUUCAACACCAACGCCUGAUGAGGGCGAUCCAAACAUAGAAAUGCUUGUCGCCGACCGGCACUCCGACCACGAACAGAGGCUGGACGAUCUCGUGGUACAAGAUGAGGCUCGGCGGAUUUGGCGGCAUAUGCGACGCAAUAGCCGGACUACGUCAGGGAUUUCAGGUGCAUCGGACGCAAGUAGCCGGGCUUGCUCAGGCGUACCGCAGCAAGAACAACAACUCCAGCGGCGCGGAUCACAGGAGAGCAUUGUGAACCGGAUGGCUGCGGUGGACACUCGUAUCAACGAGAUUCGCCUUAAAGCUAUUCAGAACAAACGCAGUGUCGGUGCCGAGACGCUACGGGAGUUCAGCAUGAUGCAUCAGCAGGAUGAUGGAGGACCAGAUGACUUGCGAGACGAGAAUCGUAUGUAUUGGCUCUGA